ACCAAGGCAGGGUCUUGGGGCCUGGGUGCCUCCAAGCCAUAAUGCUGGGGGAACUUAUGUCUCUUUUUAGGAAUCUCCAUGGGAUACUUGCUUCCUCGGGCACCAUAGGAGCAUUGGUGGCUUGGUUGAUCAGCUAUAAGCCAGCCUUGUUUGGGUUCCUAUUCCUUCUGUUGUUGCUUAGCAACUGGCUGGUCAAGCAUGAACUCAAGCCCACCCCCCCAGAGCCCCCGCAGGAAGAGGCAGAGAAACCAAAACCUCUUGAAGCCAAACCCAACAGCUACGUCUUGAACACAAAAGAAGUUGAGAGACUGCACGCCUGCUUUGCCCUCCAGGACAAGGUCCUUGAACGGCUUAUGUUCAGUGAAAUGAAGCUGAAGGUCUUAGAAAAUCAGAUGUUCAUUGUAUGGAAUAGAAUGAGUCACCACAAGAGGUCAAGCCGGCAGCGGACUUUUCCCAUGAGGAAACACAGAAUAAGGAGACAUGAUUCAGUUUUCUCCAUCAUCUCUGACUGUACUUCUAAUUCCCCCUAAUGAGGUCAGAGAGACUGGGGGGGGGGGUGCUGACCUCUUUGGAUGUUACCUUUCCUCAGUAAAACCCAGUCA